CAGCUCAACCCCAUGCUUAUUCGGUGGUGCACUGUGGCAGGGUUCUUCUCCAAGCAAUCCCCGAUUGACCACCAUUGAAGAAGGCGCCGAAUAUGCGCCGAAUGUCACGUGACAGAGACGUUCCCCGAGACGUUCGCGUGUGCGUGACGUCACCCACGGCCUGUUAUCAACUGGGAACUAGCAGCUACCGUGAGGACACCCUAGAAAACGAAAUACUGUGGAUUUGCAGGAUGUCAGAGAAUAACAGACAGUUCUGGAAAAGGAAUACAAAGCUUCCUGGAAGUAUUCAACCUGUGUAUGGGGCCCAGCACCCACCUUUAGACCCUCGUCUCAAUAAGAGUUAUAUUUCUGAUCGUUCAAGGCGGCAACCACUUCAUUUGAAAAGCAGAAAAGCGUCUAGUUUCCAUGAGUUUGCGAAAAGUACUAGUGAUGCCUGGGAUAUUGAGGAUGAUGAUGGUGAUGAGGAUGAUGGAGGAGAUGUCCUGUAUGCUUCACCAUAUCAAACGCUUAACUCCAGGGUAGCUGAAGUGACAGCUGCACAGGUUAUAGAGAGCCACCUCAAGCUACGAGAGGAGUCCCCUUGCCAAACUACUGUUACAAAAUCUGUCAGUGAAGAUCAUCUCCAUAGGGUCACUUCAGAUGACUCCAUACAGAAAAAACAUUUACAUAAACAACAGUCCCUCCCACUGCGUCCAAUUAUACCACUGGUGGCCAGGAUCUCUGACCAAAAUGCUUCAGGAGCACCACCUAUGACAGUAAGGGAGAAGACCCGACUUGAAAAGUUCAAGCAGCUCCUUUCCUGCCCCAACACUGAUCUUGAUGAACUAAGGAAGUGCAGCUGGCCAGGUGUUCCACGUGAAGUGCGUCCCACUACAUGGCGACUUCUCUCGGGCUACCUUCCAGCUAACAAAGAUAGGCGCAUGUUAACUCUUCAGCGCAAGCGCGAAGAAUAUUUUGGGUUCAUAGAACAAUAUUAUGACUCGCGUAACGAGGAACAUCAUCAGGAUACAUAUCGACAGAUUCAUAUUGACAUUCCAAGGACAAACCCCUUAAUUCCACUUUUUCAGCAGGCUAUAGUUCAGGAGAUCUUUGAGAGGAUUCUGUUUAUUUGGGCAAUUAGACAUCCAGCAAGUGGAUAUGUGCAGGGGAUCAAUGAUCUAGUGACUCCAUUCUUUGUGGUUUUCUUAUCUGAACAUGUAGAGGAAGAUGUGGAGAAUUUUGAUGUUGCCAGCUUGUCCCAAGAUAUCCUCCGCAACAUAGAGGCUGACAGCUUUUGGUCAAUGAGCAAAUUGCUUGAUGGCAUCCAGGAUAACUAUACAUUUGCUCAACCUGGUAUACAGAAGAAGGUGAAGGCACUGGAAGAACUUGUGAGCAGGAUUGAUGAACAGGUACACAAUCAUUUUCGGAAAUAUGAAGUAGAGUAUUUACAAUUUGCAUUUCGUUGGAUGAAUAACCUUUUAAUGAGAGAACUUCCUUUACGCUGCACAAUUCGGCUUUGGGACACAUACCAGGCAGAGCCUGAAGGGUUUUCUCAUUUCCAUCUGUAUGUUUGCGCUGCUUUCUUAAUUAAAUGGAGGAAGGAGAUUUUGGAAGAGACCGACUUUCAGGGUCUGCUUAUGUUGCUGCAGAAUUUGCCAACUAUCCACUGGGGAAAUGAAGAAAUUGGUCUCCUCCUUGCUGAAGCAUACAGAUUAAAAUAUAUGUUUGCUGAUGCUCCCAACCAUUACCGUCGGUAGAUGCCAAAUCACUGUGCCCUUUUACUCCAAUAAAAAGCAUUUCUUGAAAAUUUGAUAGAUUAACAUGCCAGUGCCAGUAACUCCAAAAUGCUAGUCAGCACUUGCGUCCUGAGCACUCCAGUCGUCAUCAUCAUACUCCACACACACACUAUUAACCACAUCUGUGAAAAAUUCAGGGUUAAUGGUAUGUAUACUGCAUAAACAAAUUAUUCUUUGGAUAGUUUGCAUAUCUGCUUUGCGGUGCACAAAUGGCUUUUAGGUACUUUUCCACAUGCAGAUUUUGCCAUUUAUUUAAAAAGUCAUCAUUCUCGCAAUCAUCCUUGGUACGUUAUAUGUCCUAGAGGAAAUAUGUAUAUAUAAAUUGGUCUUUAUAUGUAUAUGGACAAAGGUGUACAUUAUUGGGGUUUGUUUGUAAAAUGUGGUUCUAUUUAUCCUCAUAAGCAUGUGCUUACCUGUUUAAAACAGGUUGCAGCAUAGUUCAUAAUUUUAAAUAAUCAAAGGCUUUGAUCAUCUUUAAUAAAAAGAAUUUCAGCUUAUGAAGAAAAGUUUCCUUUUCCAUCUCUUCUGUCCAGGCUACUUGCCUGGAUUAUAUGCCACAUGAAAGCUCAGACGUGCUCCUGCUAUCGGUUAAUAUAUAUAUAUAUAUAUAUAUAUAUAUAUAUAUAUAUAUAUAUAUAUAUAUAUAUAUAUAUAUAUAUAUAUAUAUAUAUAUAUAUAUAUAUAAAAUAGGAGUUAAAACUUAUACAGUGUAUAAGUGUACUUGAAAGCACUGUAAAUAUACACAAACACUCCAUUUCUCAUUUAAAUGAUUAGCCCAUAUUUCCAUUUACUAUACAUUUUAAGGCAUUUAUGCCUUUAAGGACCUUCCACACAGGCAAUUUUUAUGUUUGAUAGCUAGGUGUGGGUGCACCAAAGCACAUCCACUAAAUGAAUCCAUUUAUUGUGCCUGGUCGUAUCCACAAGAAUAUACAUAUGUUUUAGUGCAGCUGUCUUAUGUUUUUUAGUUUAAAUAACAUGCUGCAAUUUUAGUGAGUUUAAAAAAAAAAUAUUAAAAUGCAUUCGUGCUGAACUAGAAAAAGCACGUGCAUUAAAAAACCUGUAAAGACACUAUUGCUUUUUUUUUAACAUUUCCAAAUUACCAUGUUCAGUUACUGCAGUUGCUGGUAUUAAUGUCAGCAUGCAUAAAUUGCACUGAAGUCAGUGAUGUACAGUAUAAUCAUCAACAAAGAAAAAAAUAACAAAGCAAAACCUGAAGUGGAGUAUUAACGUUUAUCUAUAUUGAUCAUUCCAUACAGUAUUGGGUUAUAUAGCAAACAUGUAACAGAAAAGAUAAGUAGCUGUGUCCAUUAGGGUUCAACACGUUUUUUCAUCCCGACACUGCAACUUGCAGUUAGCAUCCAAGAAAUCAGAGUUGUAAGGUUAUCCAAGGGUUUUAGAUGAUAUAUAAUUUGUUUUCCAAGCUUCUGAGCUUCCACCAUUUGUAGGUCUAGCGUAGCUAUUUUUGCUAUGAAUUGUUUACCACCGGAAAAGAUGUGGGUUAUAAUUUGUGCUGGGCUUUUCCUCACGAUAAGACUGUAACAUUUACUAUAUGAGCAUAAAGCCUAUCCAAAACCUAGUAACUUUAGGGAUAUCCCACCAAAUAUAUAGAUAUAUAAAGGGCCUGUUUCACUACAGUUCAUGCAAGGAAGGGUGCAAUAUUUGCUCUUAAUGAACAAUACCUUCAAACUAGACUAAAGUGAAAUAAUCUUUACUGCGUGAAAUUAAGUUGAAGGUGGAAAAGCCGUGAUUAUUUAAAUACAAUUUCUUUUUUUUGUAAUAAAACUGCUAUUGAUUUUGACAUUAAAGAACGAAUCCAUUAUAUAUUUUUUUAAAUGAGUCCUGUUUGUUAAAGAUUUUGUAUUUUGUUCUGUUGUAAAUCCAUUAUACUGCGAAUUGUUUUUUUCCUAAUCCAACACUUUAAUUUUCAAAA